AUGCAAUAGGAAUUAGCAGAGCUUAAAAGUCUUAUAAUAUAGACUUUAGAAGCCAAUGGUUAAUUGGCAAAAAUUAGGGCAUCGAUUAGAGCUUCAGUUUUUAAUGUCGUUGAUUCCCAAGACAAUCAUGAAAAAAUCUCUCCUUUUUUUAGCGAAAAUAAAAAAAUUCAGUCAAUAAAAGAGUUAGAAACAGGCAGAGAAUUGCUAGAACUUAUAAAGGAAUUUCUUAAAUUUUACGAAAUGAGUUACACAAAUUCUAUUUUCUCAAGGUAUUGAUAUAAAAAACAAAUUUAGCGAAGCUAAUCUUAGGGAAGAAAUUAAUAGGGAUACUAUUUCUAAACGAUUACAUAUCAAUAUAGAGGACAAAAAUAAACCACUACUUCAUUAUAUAUUAAUACAAGCUUAAAAAAAUUAAAAGUUGCAAUAAUCCUAAAGCACAAAAACUUUUAGUAGUAUUAUAUCAAGUUAAGAAAUGUUUUCCCCUCAAAAAAGUAUUUCUUCUUAAAUGUCCAAAAGUAAACCCUUGAUUGGUGUUUCACAAUAAGAAUUUCUAAAAAAAUAAAAGGAACAAUUUAAUCUAUUAUAAGAGUAAGAAAAUAAAAGGAGAUAGAAGGAGGUUUAGAAGAAACAAAGAGAAGAACUCUAGCAUCAAGAAGAAAUAAAAAUUUUAAAAUUAAAAAAAGAAAAAGAGGAGAAUUAAUUGUAAGAGGAGAGACUUAAACUAGAAAAAUAAAAAUUGGAAUAGAUUAAAAUGAAUUAGGAAUUAAAAUAAAAAAGUUUGGAAAUAGAACUUUAAAGAUAGGAACAAUUAAAUUAGGAAUCUGAAUUAAAACAAUAAUAGCUAGACUUAUAGAAAAAAUUAAUUGAAUAAUAAUAAUUGGCAUAAGAAAUUUAAGAAAAUAAAUUAAGAUAAUAAUUUGAAGAAACACAAAAGGAGGAGUAAAAAAAAUUAUUAAGUAUAUAGCAAAAUUUAAAUGAAACGGAACAAAAAUUAAAUAUGAUACUUUAAGAGAAAACUAAAAUUUCAGAUGAACUUAAUUAAAUUAAAAAAUAAAUAUUAGUAGAAAACAAUAAAUUAAAUCAAUUAAUUGAGAAAAAUUAAUUAGAAGAAGUAAAUUUAGAAAAAUUAAAACAGCAACUUACUAUUUAAUAAGAAAAUAAAUUAAAAAUAGAAAAUGAUUAGAAUGCUAUCCAAUAAGAAGUAAUAAAAUCAUAAAAUGAAAAAAAAACAAUUUAAGAUUAAAUUGAAAAGUUAAGAUAAUAGUUAAAAGAAGAGGAAUAAAAUUUAUAGAGCUUUAAAUAAAAUAAAACUUAGGAGGUCUAAGAAUUAGAAGAAAAGUUCAAAUAGUUUUAAUUUGACAAAAAUGAAUUGGACAAAAAGUUAGGUUAAUUAAAUAUUUAACAAAAAGAGUUGUAGUCAUAAAUUGAACUAGAAAAUAAAUUAAAAAUAGAAAUUUCACAAACAAAUGAGAAAUUUGAAAUUAAAAAAGAAACAAUAUCAAAUUAAAUUUAGGAAUUAUAAAAAGAAAAUUAAGAUUUGAAAGAAGAAAGGAAAUUGCUGUUAUUAUAAAUAAAGGGUCUUGAAAAUUAAUUGAACGAAGCAUAAAUUGAAAUUGAUUUUUUCAAGAAUAAAGAAUUAAUGGGAGACUGUGUAACAUCAGAAAUAGAAACUUUUUCAUCUACAAUAAAAUAAGUAUUGAUUUUUUUUAUCUUAGAAAGGCAGCGAAGUAGAAGCAAAAGCAGCUAUUGAGCAAAAUUUGGAAACUAAGGGGGAAAAAAGAGAGUAUAAUGAAGAUUAUGAUUCGCAAUUUGAUCAUUAAUACAAGUUUUAAAAUUGA